UGUUCGUAACGCUCAGACUCUCUCUUUCCUGCCAGAUGAAAUGGACAAGUACAAGAAAUUUUGCUUUUUUUUUGUUUUAACCAUGAGCUUAAUUUCUUUUCUGUUUGUUAUAAACAGAGAAACAGAGGAUGUACUUGAAGGAUAUCUCCAUCACAUGACUCAUUUUUUAAACUCAGAAAUUAUACAACAGCUGGACACUGAUGAGAACAGGAGAUGUGAGGGGAAGAUCCACACAAGCCCGAUGCCACUGAAUCUGAAGCUCAGACAGUAUGCCAGAAAGAAGCUUGUUCAUGACCUGUGCAUCAAUAACAUUACCUUGGACAUCAGUGGCAAAUGGCAGACAUUUGACCAAAUUCCCCUGAAGGAUUUGAGCAACCUGCUUGUAGACGACCGGCAUGGAAUAAUCUAUUGCUACGUUCCAAAAGUUGCCUGUACUGCCUGGAAGCGGAUCUUGAUCGUUCUAAGUGAGAGUCUGAAAGUGGAUGGUGUACCUUACAGGAGCCCUGCAGACGUGCCCAUUGAAAAAGUUCAUGGAUCCUCUCUAAAGUACCUUAACGCAUACCCCAAGGCAGUGAUGAAAAAAAAACUUGAGACAUACAAAAAGUUCAUGUUUGUCAGAGAUCCAUUUGUUAGACUGAUUUCAGCCUACAGAGAUAAGUUUCAAAGCAAAAAUCAGGUAUAUUACAAAUCAGUUGGGAUGCACAUAUUAAGAACAUUUGGAAAUGUCUCUAAUCUGCCAUCAACAGUAGAGAAAGCACACGCUGCUGGCAUUAUUCCUUCUUUCUACAACUUCAUCCAAUUUAUACUGAGCCUCCAAGCAAAAAAAGACGCGUUUUUUGAUGAACACUGGCAACAAAUAAAUCACUUAUGCCAUCCUUGCCUGAUUGAAUAUGACUUUAUAGGGAAGAUGGAAACCAUUGAGGAAGAUGCUGCUCAACUGCUACGAAUGUUCCAUGUUGAUAACAUUGUCGACCUUCGACCUUGGAUCAACAGCAAAACAGAGCCAAGUGCAAUAAAGACCUGGUUUAGCAACAUCCCCGUGGAGUGGAGGAGGAAACUCUACAAAAUUUAUGAGGCAGACUUCAGACUGUUUGGAUAUAAAAAUCAUGAAAAUCUAGACAAUCUCGAUACGGAAAACAUCAUCUGAAUUGUUUGUUGCGUUCUGUAGUAUGAUUGUUGUCUUUGUUCAUUUGUAGGGGAAACUUGUGUCAGGAAUUGAUGUUGGUAGCUUAGUCUCCUUUACUGAUUUGAAUGGCAUGGGUGUUAUGGUGACAGAAAACAUUAUUCCUUGUUCUCACACUACAGUUGAUCUGUUUGAGGUCAGUGCCGCUUUUGUUUGUUGUAACAGUUAAAGAUCUCCUAGUUACAGGAUACAAAUGAAGAAUUUAAUAUUUUUUUAUUUGUAAAUGGCACUCUCUGCUGCAUUGCAGGACUUAUCUAAAUUUCCUCUUAAUAAGCCAACGGUCUAAGUAGAAAUUUUUUUUAUUGUUGGGUAAGUUUAAAUGAGGUCCAGUGAUGCUGGCAGAAACAAUUUAGUAGAACAACUUCAACAUUCACUGACUGCUUUCUUUCUCAGCUUCCUUCCUGAAAGGAUCUUGCUAUGUGCAAAGGAGCUUUUGUUCCACUUAUACACUUGGUCUAUCAUGUAACGGUGUUCUAAGUACAUUUACAUUUAUGGCAUUUGGCAGAGGAUACAUUCUGAUAGUGGUUCGCUAGGUCACAAACUAAGAAUACCAUCAGUUCAAAACUCUGUUGGCGAGGUAAUAUUGUAGUAGCUCAUGGCUAAAUACUUAGUAAGUAAGUACUAAGUAAUAAGUAAUACGCAUUAUGUGGUAUUACACAUUAAUGAAUAGUUAAUAUAUUCAUAACAUACAGUAUGUAUAUUCACUAAUAAAACACUAAUGGAUAAUUAUUAUGUCCCUGUGUAUGAGCUAUAACAAUAGUAAGGAUUACAUAUUAGAAUGAGCACGUUAAUAAAAACAUAUCAUAUAUGUUACAGCCAGAAGAACUGUACUGUCAGAGUAAUGCUGAUAUAGAAAAUGAACCAACACCAUCUUAUUAGAGAACUCAAUCUCACUUAUGAGCUCAAAUUCAAAUUAUGCCCUUGUGAGAAAUAAGAGUCUUUGAGAUGGAGUUGUUUUUUUUUUCUUCACACUUAGCUUGAUCUUGUUUUUGAGUUCUGUAUCCAUUAAUCUCCAUGCUGAAUGCAUUGUUUCUUUUUUUAAAAGAAAAUUUUCAUAAGCAUUAAACCUCUUAUGAACACGUUAUAAUAAUAUUUGCUUUAUUUAAUCUUGUGCUUUAUUUCUAAUUGUAAGGCAUGCAGGUCAGGAUGGAAAUGCAGGUAGACAGGUUUUUGAUAGAUAGGUUUUUUUUGAAUGAAAGCAAUCAGAACAAAGACGUAAUCCACAAACAAAUCAUAUGUCAGGCGAUCAACAAACAGCACUAGACCAGGCAAGAGAAUACCAGAAACAAGACUAAGAACCAGGGUAACAAUCAGUAUUCAAAAGGCAUGGUAAUGACUGUUAAAAACAAUACAGGGUGUAUUACUUCACAAAGCAGAAGUGAAGUGAGGGUGCUUAAAUACUGCAUGCUUGAUAGAGUCCGGACGAGUGCAAUCAGUAGUCGGGUGAACGUGAAAGUGAGAGUGUCCGUGGCUGUGAGUUGUAGUCGGUGGCGGUUUGUAGGCCACGCUGUAUUCUUGUAAUUGGAGAUCGACGCUGAUCCCAGCAUAGACAUAACACUAAACAGAUACGAUUUCUGGACAUGUCUCUGUUAUGUAAUGUUGACAGAGGAUGUUUGUAGUCAUUAUGAUCAGUUUGCACAGGAUUAGCUAUCUCUGUAUGACUCACAUAGAAGUGUUUUCACUAUGUACGCAUGAUUGUCUCACACACACACACACACACAAAUCUAUGCAUACUAGAUACAGCUGAUGAUCAUACAAACUGAUUGUUUUAAACUUUAUUCUAAAUGCUUGUUGUAGGGUUUGUGGGUGCGCAAGUGUAGUUCAGAUGUCCAUAACAUAUAGGCUGUACCUGUAACGUGAAUCUGUCCUUUUAAUGUCAGUUUGGAUGCGUUAUAUGUUACCUGGAAUUUUUUCUUUCUGAGAAUUUAUAGAAGGUUUACUGCUGCAUACGCACAUAGUCUAUAAAGAAUUAUUGACACAAUGGAUUCGGACAGGGCUAAAAUGCCAGAGAUACUCCUGUAAAAACUAUAUUACCCUGUUUCCCCAAGCUGAAUAGAGUUUAUGAGUCCUAGAUAAGCCUUGAAAUCUGUAAGAUUCAAAGAGAUUCAAGAUUCAAAGCGUUUAUUGUCAUGUGCACAGUGAGGAAACCAAGUUUCCCGGAACAAUAAAAUUCUCACUUUGCUGUCCACAUUGAAUGCCAAAAGUAGAAAUAUAAAUUAUAUAUAUAAAAAUAUAGACUGUUGUACAUCUGUAUGUGUGAGUGUGCAAUGUUGACUUGUGCAUAUGAAGUAUCUCUCUAUGUGCAAUAUUGACUUAUGUACAAAACAAUACAAAACAAAUACAAAAACAAAAACAAUAGUACAGUAGCCUGUAGUAAAUUGAGUGCAACUACACAAUAACAAUAGCAGCUGUCACAUUUAACAAUGUGUAAAUCGAAAUGAAGCUUCUUGAUAAGAAAUAGCAGCAGUAACAUUUACAAAUGUGCAAAUUGAGCUGU